AUGACCAAGAAUCAAGUAUCUCAUGUGCAUGUAUCAUCAAACUGGAUUCAAUAUGACAUUGUUCCGACUGGAAAUAGUAUAUCCAAACAACAAGCUAGUUUGAGGAAAAAGAUCUCCAAGCAUAAGUGUAGUCAAUCACAUAUCAGUGCAGAGAACAUAAUUAAUCGUAAUAUGCCUAAAUUAAUAGACCUACAAGCGCUCAAUGGAGUUAAUAUGGGUCGAGUGUUACAAACCAAUAAAUCUUGUGCUAAUAUUGUUGACCAUAUUUCUAAUGAAAUGAGGCUUAAAAUUUGCAAUGAUAUUAUUGAAAACAAUAGAAAAUUAUGUAUUGUUGUUGAUGAGUCAACUACAUUGAGCAAAAAAACAAUGUUAGUUAUUUGCUUAAGAUGUGCUAAUGAUUUUUUAAAACAAAAUCUAGUUGGAUUUGUUAGUGACGGAGCUUCUAACAUGCUGGGAAGAAAAGCUGGAGUUGGUGUUUUACUACAAAACAUUUUUCCUGACCUCAUUAUCUGGCAUUGUUGCAACCAUAGAUUGGAACUUGCGGUAAGUGAUACUAUUAAAGCAGUGCAAGGUCUUAAUCACUUGAAAUGUUUUUUUGAAAAACUUUAUUCAUUGUAUCACCAAUCUCCUAAAAAUAUGACAGAACUUAAUGCAUGUGCUGCAUCUUUAGAAAGCAGUAUUUUAAAUAUAGGAAAGAUAUUUACAAUUCGGUGGGUGGCAUCCAGCAUUAGAACAGUACGUGCAGUUUGGAAUAACUAUGUUGCUCUCCAUAAAUAUUUUCAAGAAUCUUCCAUUGAUAAUAAAAGAGAUGGAAAAGAAAGAUCUAAAUAUUUAGGUAUAAAUAAUAUGUUAACAUCAAAAGACUUUGUAUUCAAUUUAGGUAUGUUAUAUGAUGUAUUAAAUGAAUUAUCUGAUUUGUCAUUACAACUACAAAAAAGAGAUUUAGGUUUGGCAAAAGCUCAUAAUAUGAUCGACUGA